AUUCCAUUUAAAGUCGAAAAGUCAUACCCGAUCUUUUUCAAGGAGCUCAGUUAGAUUCAUCUAAUUUUGUCUCGGUGAAGAUUAUCAAAGUUUCCAUGGUAGGUCGGGAAUCCACAGAGGCCUAACAUUAUUGCAAACGACGAUGGUGCCAUUGCUCAUGGAAUAUUGACACUAAAUAUAAUUUUCCUUAAUGAACCGACCACCAUAUUAAAGUUGUAGUUCCAAUACAAUUUCUUACUAACGAUAUAUUCUUUUUCUCAAAUGAAAAAUAUGAAUGCAUGACAUUUAAUCAUUUACCAUCGAAGAAUAUGAAACUAAUAGGAGACAAAUUUAAAGUGUCUUAUAAUAGUAAAUGAUUGUCAGGGUCGAAAAUUGCAGUCAUAAGAAAUUAUUGCACUUAAGGUGGCAAAUUGAUCAAUUUGUAAAAGUUGUUUGUGGGUUGAUUGGUUGAAUAAUCGGAUAGUCCUUGGUUAUUUGUUUGUUCUGUUUUUGGACUGAGCUCGAGUGAAUUAAGGAGACGUGUUCAAUCAUGAUUUUGAUGCUCCAAACAAAGUUUAACAUACUAACACGAGGUGGUUGCUUUAUUUUCCUUGUGCAAACCAUGUUGGCACAUUCAACUUUAAUGAGCCCGUAGUUUGAGAAGUUGGACCGUAGAAGUCGCGUGUAUAUAAAUAGUAUAACAGCUGCAACAUUAUGGUCUUACAUUUGGAAUUUGGACUGUAGUAAGCAGUUGCAAUGGCAUCUUCAAAAUCUACCAAUGGUUCACAAACACCUCUAGUUUAUCAUUUUGAACUUGGGGAGGGAAUGCAGCUCCAGGUUAAUGUGUCUGGAUCUUCAAGUGGAUGCAAUGCAAAAAUUGAGCUUCAACUUAAAAAUUGUUCAAGAACAUGGAUUCUUCAUUGGGGUGGCCUUUAUCGUGGACAUAUGAAUUGGGCCAUUCCAGCUGAUCGGCCUUCUGGAACGAGAAUCUAUAAGCAAACUGCACUGCAGACACCAUUGGUGAAGAAGGGAGAAAUAUAUUCGAUCAUCAUUGAGUUGCGGGAUCCUAAGAUACAUGCUAUUGAAUUUGUUCUGAAAGAUGAAAGGCAUGAUAGAUGGUUAAAACUAAACAAAGGGAAUUUCCGAAUUGAAAUACCUGAGGUUGCAUUAAGUGCUUCUCCCCUAUCUUCUAUACCAAGGGAGUUGGUAGAACGCAAGGCAUAUUUACUUUGGGAAAGCAAGGGAAAGCCAAGAAACUCACUGCAACAGCAAGAGCAAGACUAUGAAGAUGCUUUGAGAGAGCUUCAAAGUCAGUCAUCAAAGGGACUUUCUUUGGAUGAACUUCGAAGAAGCUUAGAGGGAGCAAGUACUAAAAGGAUCACUCAGGGAAAGGAACUAGCAGUUUUUAACAGUUCAACUUCCUCUACUCAUCCCAGAGGACAUGACAUUGACAAGUGGUUGCAAAAAUCUUAUGAGGGACAUACCAAAGGCACCAGUUUGCUGGCAUCACCUCUAUUCAAUCUUGUUGAGAAGUCUAUUGGAGGAGAUAAUUGGAUUAUGCAACAAACUUUUCAUGUUGGGAACCAUGACAUACUGGUUCUUUUGAGGAUUCUUAGGGGUGACUAUCACAUAUUGGUUGCUGUGAACAUGAAAGGUGCUAUUGUGCUUCACUGGGGUGUAUCAAAGUCAUCUUAUGGGGAGUGGCUGGCUCCUCCACCAGAUAUACUUCCUGAAAGGUCAAAGCUACUUGAUGGAGCAUGCCAGACUUAUUUUAAGGAUGUGAUAACUAGAGAAGGAUCUUUUCAGCUUGUAGAUAUUAAUCUGAAGCAAAAGGACUUUUUGGGCAUCUCAUUUGUACUUUGGUCUGGUGGUUCGUGGAUAAAAAACAAUGGAGCCAAUUUUUUUGUUGGUCUGAAACCAAUGAAUAAGGGUGAAGGUGACAGCAAAGGUAUUGUCAAGUGGUUGCUUGAUGAAAUAUCUCAGAGAGAGAAAGAUGCCCAGAGAUCCUUGAUGCACAGGUUCAAUAUUGCAGCAGAGUUAACUGAACGAUGUAAAAAUGAAGGCCAAUUGGGGCUUAUUGGUAUAUUCGUUUGGUUGAGGUUCAUGACAUCCAGGCAACUUACUUGGAAUAAAAAUUAUAAUGUGAAACCACGUGAGAUUAGUGCAGCUCAAGACAAGUUUACGGAUUUGCUGCAAAAAAUAUAUUUGAGUCAACCCAAUGAUAGAGAAAUUGUGAGACUAAUUAUGACCUGCAUUGGCCGUGGAGGUCAGGGUGAUGUUGGUCAGAGAAUCCGUGAUGAAAUACUUGUGCUUCAGAGAAACAAUGACUGCAAGAGUGGGAUGAUGGAAGAGUGGCACCAAAAAUUGCAUAAUAACAGCAGCCCAGAUGACGUAAUAAUUUGUCAGGCACUCUUGGACUAUGUAAGAAGUGACUAUAAAAUCGAUGUUUACUGGCGUACGUUAAAGGCAAAUGGCAUUACGAAAGACAUCCUUGGAAGUUAUGACCGUCCAAUUGUGUCUGAGCCUUGUUUUAGGGCUGACGCUAAGGAAGGACUUAUCCGUGAUCUUACUUCAUACUUGAGGACAUUAAAGGCUGUUCAUUCGGGUGUUGACCUUGAAUCUGCAAUUGAAACAUGUCUGGGUUACUCUUCCAAGGGUCAUGAUUUUAUGAGCGGAAUUCAGGUUCACUCUGUCAGUGGUUUGUCGUUAAGAUUACAGGAGUGCCUGAAUUUUGUCAAAACACACAUUGAUGAUAAGAAUAUUGGUCCACUAAUGGAGAAAUUAUUGGAAGCACGCAUUGAACUUUUCCCAGUUUUGGUGAUGCCCCAUGAAAGGUUAAAAGAUCUUCUCUUCCUUGACCUUGCUUUGGCUUCAGCUGUUAGGACAACCAUGGAGAGAGGAUUUAAGGAUCUGCAAAAUGCACAUCUUCCGGAUAUGCUGUUCUUAAUUUCAUUGGUGCUUGAAAACUUAUGUCUGUCAACAGUCAACAAUGAAGACCUCAUUUAUUGCACAAAGGAUUGGUGCCAUAUCCGCAAAUUAUAUGAUCCUAAUGGUGAGCAAUGGGCAUUACAAACAAAGGCUGUUCUUGAUCGUCUCCAGCUGGUGCUCACUGAUAAGUCUCAGCAUUACCAAAGGAUGAUCCAGCCAAGUGCACAAUAUCUUGGUCAACUUCUUGGUGUGCAGAAAUGGGCGAUUGAUAUUUUCACAGAGGAGGUAAUAAGGGCUGGAUCAGCACCAAUCCUCUCUAUGCUUAUUAACCGUCUUCAUCCCAUUCUUCGGAAAAUUGCAAACCUAGGCUGUUGGCAGGUUAUUAGCCCUCUGGAUGUGUGUGGUUUUGUAACUUCUGUGAAUGAGUUGAUGACUGUUCAGGAUAAGGUCUAUAAGCAACCAACAGUUCUUAUUGCAAAUAAAGUUACUGGUGGGGAAGAGAUUCCAGAUGGAGUUGUCGCUGUUCUAACACAUGAUAUGCCAGAUGUUCUAUCUCAUGUUUCUAUUCGAGCAAGAAAUAGCAAGGUUUGCUUUGCCACAUGCUUUGAUCAGAGAAUUCUUCAGGAUCUCAAAUUGAAGGAAGGAAAAGCAGUCUCAAUAUGGAUCAAGUUCUCAAACCUAGAAAUCAGAGAUAUCAGCAGUUCUGCUGUAUCUUUUGGUCCUACUACUUCCACCUUUCCUCAAGCACUGACCUUGAAGAAAAAGAACUUUGGUGGUAAAUAUGCCAUUUCGAUUGAGGAGUUCACAAGUGAUACGGUUGGUGCUAAAUCCCGUAAUAUUCAAUUUCUAAGAGGAAGAGUACCAUCUUGGAUAAAGAUUCCAAUGUCAAUUGCCUUACCAUUUGGAGUUUUUGAGCAUAUAUUAUUCGAAGAUUUAAACAGGGAUGUGGCAAACAAGAUCUCUUCCUUGAGUAGGCUAGUUCAAGGUGGUGACCUUUCAAAACUCCAAGUUAUACGAGAAGUUAUCCUACAACUGAAAGCUCCUCCCCCAUUGAUCAAUGAACUUAAGAACAAAAUGAAAAAUUCAAGGAUACCUUGGCCUGGUGAUGAAGGUGAGGAGAGAUGGAGACAAGCUUGGCAAGCAAUAAAGAAGGUUUGGGCUUCAAAGUGGAAUGAGAGGGCAUACAUUAGUUGUAGAAAAGCUAGUCUUAAUCAUGAUCACCUUUGCAUGGCUGUCUUGGUUCAAGAAAUAAUAAGUGCUGACUAUGCCUUUGUUAUCCAUACAAGAAAUCCCUUAUCAGGGGACACCUCAGAAAUUUAUACAGAGGUUGUCAAGGGCCUGGGAGAAACUUUGGUGGGUGCUUAUCCUGGACGAGCCAUGAGCUUUAUUACCAAGAAGUCUAACCUAAAAUCUCCUAAGGUUGUUGGUUUUCCAAGCAAACAAAUAGGGUUAUUUAUUAAGAAGUCCCUCAUAUUUAGGUCAGAUUCCAACGGUGAGGAUUUGGAAGGAUAUGCAGGUGCUGGGCUUUAUGACAGCAUACCCAUGGAUGAGGAACAGGAAGUUUUAUUGGAUUACUCUUGUGACCGUCUGAUGGUUGAUAAAAGCUUCCAACUUUCGCUGUUCUCAAAAAUUGCGGAGGUGGGAAAUAUCAUUGAAGGCUUGUAUCGGUCUGCCCAGGACAUAGAAGGUGUGGUGAAAGAUGGAGAAAUAUAUGUGGUUCAGACAAGACCACAAAUCUAGGAUGUGCAAGUAGUGCAGAAUUCUCAAUUCUGAGCUUCACUUGAUUUGAAGUGCACUAGCAAUUAAAGCCAACAAUUAUAGUGAUAAUAACAUUUAUUUUGAUUGAAAUUCUAAUGUUCAGAUUGUGGCAUUAUUAAUGAAACUAAGAUGCGGAGCGCAGCAUAAACUUUUUAUUGAUAUAUACCCUUUUGCUUAAUAAGCAAUCUACAGUCUGUGGAAGUCUAGAUGAUACUCUCUGGACAAAUGAAGAGAUUAGAAAAAAAAAAGUUUAUGACCUCGUAGAGUUGCCAGUUUCAGCAUUGGUUUUU